CGCCAGUGUUGAACGGCCUCGUCCUUUUGACAUUGUGUUAUCUUAUCAACUGUUAUCAGAUAUCAGCGAUAACUACGAUUCGGUGGUGACCAUUCGGUAUUGACACUGCAUCAGCUGAUUUGUAUGUACGUUUGUGUGGUAGCUGAAUUUAAUUUACAUGUGUAGGCUGUGAUUAUGGAGCGUUAGUGUAGUGUAGUACUAGUGGGUGUUAGAAUUUUCGAAAAGCGUUCUCGAUUGGCCCAACAUGGAUAGGACAAUGUAUGGCAAGGUGCUGCCAGGCACUUAUUACCCGUUCCGCUGCGCGAUGAAGGAGAACGGAAUAUCGCCGGGCUAUGCCCUGUUGGCUGACCUACAAAACUCGAUAAACCCUGGCCGGGUCAGUAGUCCCAGCGGGCGGACUACAUCACCUAGUGCCAGGACCAGUUCUCCCGGUAGAACAGCGUCACCAAUUGGAAGAGGGAGCUCCCCUGGUCGAUUGAGCUCCCAGGGGGGUAGUUUGAGCUCCCCUACAUCUACUGGAUAUGGCUCAAUUAAUGGCUCGAGGAAUAUAGGAUCUGAUUAUGCUAAACCAGCGUCUCCAACCUACCAGAACACAAGCGUGGUACAUGAAAAGGCAGCACCGAAGUACAAUAACCAGAGCUUCACACCCAGUUAUGGCGCAAACCCUGGGUAUGGGAGAACGGGCAGAGGGAACCUGUCGGAACUGGACACAUUAUUGGAUGACCUGAGUAACGCAAGAUACGGAAACUAUGCAGAGAAGAAUUAUACCGACAGAUCGGACACCUACACCAGAACCAACGGCGCUGCCAGUCCUGCCUCAACAAGGCCGACAGUGGAUUCACUUUUGGAUCAACUUAGCACCGAUGUUCAUAAUGGACGCGGUUCCACAUCACCAGUUCCGCCAUCGGGCAGUCUUCCAAGACCCGGAACGAAACAGGUGACGGUGACGGUCCAAGAAACAGUCGUGGAACCAGCUCAGCAGCAGAUACCUGUUCAGCAUGAGCCACCAGUACAGUCCCAUCGGCACCAGCACGCCUCCAGCGCAACUAAAGAGCUGGACGAUCUUAUGGCUUCACUUUCGGACUUUAAGGUUAGCGCAGGUGCUCCCCCAGUAGACGGCGGUGCUCACGUGUACAGAGAGAAGCGGGCCUGGCAGGAACAAUACCGCACCAACCCGCGGCAACCUGAGUCAGCAUCUCUGGAGCAUAUGCUCGGAUCCCUUAGAGCGGACAUGAGCCGUCAAGGAGUACAAACCCCCCAAAAGGGAUGUUGCAACGCCUGUGAGAAACCCAUCGUUGGACAGGUCAUCACAGCGCUGGGCCGCACAUGGCAUCCGGAGCACUUCACCUGCGCACACUGCAACCAAGAGUUGGGUACGAGGAACUUCUUUGAACGCGAUGGAAGGCCCUACUGCGAACCGGAUUAUCACAAUCUUUUCUCGCCCAGAUGCGCUUACUGCAAUGGACCUAUCUUGGAUAAAUGCGUGACCGCUCUAGAAAAGACCUGGCACACGGAGCAUUUCUUCUGCGCUCAGUGUGGCCAACAAUUCGGUGAGGAAGGUUUCCAUGAGAGGGACGGAAAGCCAUACUGUCGCGCGGAUUACUUUGACAUGUUUGCCCCAAAGUGUGGGGGUUGCAACAAACCAAUCAUGGAGAACUACAUCUCUGCUCUUAACACUCAAUGGCAUCCAGAUUGCUUCGUAUGCAAGGAAUGCCGCGAACCAUUCCACGGAGGCUCCUUCUUCGAGCACGAAGGGCACCCGUAUUGUGAAACGCAUUACCAUGGGAAGCGCGGUUCUCUAUGCGCCGGGUGUCACAAACCCAUAGCCGGGCGUUGUAUCACGGCGAUGUUCCGGAAAUUCCACCCGGAGCAUUUUGUUUGUGCGUUCUGCCUUCGACAAUUGAACAAGGGCACAUUUAAGGAACAAAACGAUAAACCAUAUUGUCAUACGUGCUUUGACAAGCUGUUUGGUUAGGAAUUAGGAUGGCGUUAGCUGGCCUCUGUGCUCUAUGGAUUUGACAGAUGACAUUAUCAAAUUAAAAAAAAAUAUGAGAGAUUUUUAUUAAAGCAUUUACGUGAUUGCUAAAUUUUUUUAUGAUAUGUUUAAUUAAUUUGACUUAAUUUAAAAUUACAAAAAUGACACAAGUAUUAUGAUAAAUGGUUCUGGUGACAGAAAGAGAUACUUAGUUCUAUUGCGCACAAUAAUCAACUUUCAAUCCUUAGAAAUAGGGUCUAAUUUUUGUUAUUCAAAAUCAUAUCUAUAAGAAGCGUUUGUAGUAAUAGAGAUUUUGCUCAGUAAUGUCAAAACGUACAACGAAUACAAUUAUUGUCUCUUUCUAAAAUUCAAUGAUAAGGAAUAUUCUAUUCCGCUCUCUCCUUUGUUGUAACAGUUAUAAAAAAACUGGCAAAAAAUGCAAGGUUAAUAGAAAUUAUUCCAUCUCUUUUCCUCCUAUAAGAGUCAAAAGAGGGAAGGAGAAGGAAAUAUAUAGAGGUCAGUGUUCUUUAAAACCCACAAAUGAUUAUGUCUUGUAAAGAUAAACUGCCAUAUGUAAAAUUAAGGAAUCGUUCUAGAUGAGACUAGAAAUAAUUUAUAUUAAAAUAUACACACACAAACAGUAAUGAAUUAUUCACUCAGAAGCGAUUAUUAAAAUGUAAUUUGACACAUUUUUACCUUUUGUCUAUUUACCAUAAUCUACAUCAAGAUGAGUGAAAGGUAUCUAAAAAAAUAAUAAUAAAUAUUUACUGGCACAAACCAUAUAAAUUGAAUUUAGUCUCGUCUUGAAUCUAUAGAAUUGUCUGUGGUAUCGUUUAUUGUUGUUCUAAUAUUAGUUAUAACUUAAGAUAAAGUGUAUUUACCUAAUUCUGUAGUCUAGAAAAAAAAUAAUGUGAUGAAUUAGCGUUCUUACUAAAUUCUAAAAUUAGAUAGAUUGUUCGAGAAUAAAAUAAAGAAUUCUGACGUAUUUGUAGAUUUAACGACAGGUGGCAAUGAAAAUUGUUAAAGGGCGGGAAAAAUAUUACGGUCAGUUGUCAUUUUGAUCAAAACAAUAUAAUAUGACUUCUUGAUUCUUUAUAAAUUAAAAUAAAAUUGUUUUUCUUAUAUAUGAAUAAAUUAAAAAACCCUUAUCUAAUUAUUAUCUGUAUUUUUUCAAAUAUGUAUAUUAUAUAUGUCUGUUAUGUUUCGUUACUGAAUGAUUAAAAAACGGACUGCAAAAAAUUUUUUUUUAUUAUUUGACUGCUACAAAUGACAAAUAUUUUAAACCGCCUGACAAUUUUCGUUUUCACAGAUAAUCUGGAACCCCAUAAUGAAGCUCAUUGUCAAAGUAUGAAUUGUAAACGUAAAAUGAUUGUGCCCCUGGUUACUGAUGCUGACGUUACGUUAAUAUUUUAAACUUUGACAAAAUUAGUUAUGUACUGUCAGCAAAAACAACAAAUUUACAAUUUGUUUGUGUAAAAUACAAUAUUUAAGGGUCUGUUUCACAAUGUAUGGAUAAAGUACCAAAUAGCUAUGCAACACAUAAACUAUUCGGAAGAUAAGUUCCGAAUAAGAUACUUCACUUUUCAUGAAGAAUAGCGCUAUAUGACAGUCGUGAAACGCAAUAUUACCGUUUAUCCUACCAAUAAGUAAUAAAUUGCUUAUUUGGAACUUAUCCGGACAUUGUGAAACAGACCCUAAGUAUUUGUUUAACCUAAAGGUACGGAUUCAGAUUCAAUUGAGCGUUGAGUAUGACUGCUAGAUGUCUAAUCGUUUUUGACAUAUGACAGUCAUAAAUACGGCUACGCAUAUUCAAAGCUUACGGUAAGUAUGACUCCUGUAUAUCAAAAACCUUUUUGACGUAAGGAAGGCAUUAGACACAUUUGGGGUCCUAUGUUUUAGGAGGAAUAUUACCGAAUAAUAUCGUUGCAUUUGCUGAUAGUAUUUGUAAAUUUUUGGAAAUAUUUUUCAGAGAGUAGAUUAAGGCUUUCAUUUUUGACAACUUUAUUGCAUUAGUAACGCUUAAACUUCGCUAUAUCUAUAAUUUGAUGUCAUUGUAUUGCUGUCAAGAUUUCUCUUACAUAAGGGGUAAGUUUAAUAGAAGAUGAUGGACUCGCCAGGUUGAUCUUCCAGAAGCUGCGUUCUAUUCAACUUACGAAUUGCGGAUGGAAUAGUUUUCUGACUGUUACAGAAUUAUAACGCGUUUAAUAUUUAUUAAAACGUACCAUUUUGGGACAGGCCUAUUCAAAAGUGCUUUCUAGAAUUUUGUGCUAAACAGGUGUUAGUAACUUACAACUUUAGUAGUUUUAAGGUAUACUCUAAAAUGGUUUAGAAAUUUUUAUACGUUAUUCGUAAGUUGAAUAUUGGAACCGGCUUAUGCAAAUCGGUUGUAUUAUUGAUGUAAGCAUCAAAAGUGCCAAAUACAUUUGUUUUUACACUCAC